AUGUCACGCGCCUCGGCCGCAUUUGCAGAUUUCUUUCCAACAGCUCCGUCAGUUCUGGAUCAAAAGCGCAUCAACCCAGGAGAUCAGCAAGGCAAAGGUUCAGAUGGCCUGGAAACGACAAGCUCUUUCACUGCCGCCACUCUCCCGGGCGGGGCAUCUGAUAGACUGGCUGGAGAGGAAUCGUCAAUCCAACAGCUCUCUGAUACCCAGGGAAAGGGAUUAACGGCCGUGGGAGAGAUCAAUGGAAUGCUGGAUUCGUCGCUUGCUGCGUCCAAUUUAGCAAUCGAAACUUUGACACCGCUCACCAACGCCGCAUCAUCUCCUCCCCUCAAACCACCGAGCCCGCAAUCAAAGAUGUCGGAUGACAACUCUUCAGGGAAUGCUCCCCCUCCCUGUUUGGACCCUCGUUUGGACCCUGCUAGGGUUUCUGAUGCUAUCAUCCAUGGCCCUCCAACUCCUCAAUCCCAAGUCCGCUUAGAGACCGCCAUCAAAGGCCGCUACGGGUAUGUCCAAGAGCUUGACAAACCAUCCAUAGACAAACGACGGAAGCUCGAGUACGUGGAUACUGUGGCUGAUGGUCAGUCACCCCCUCCCGAUCCACGGCUUGCUAUUGCGAACUAUACCCGAGGAUCGGCCUGCAGGCAGAAAGCCAAAUAUCGUCCAUCUCCCUACACCUUGAAGCCAUGGCCAUAUGAUGUAGCAACUAGUGUUGGCCCCGGCCCCCCAAACCAGGUCGUCGUGACCGGUUUCGAUCCUCUCACCCCAAUUGCCCCCAUCAGCGCCCUCUUCUCCAGUUUCGGUGAGAUCGCAGAAUUGAAUAACCGAACCGAUCCCAUUACCGGCCGAUUGCUGGGCAUCUGCUCUAUCAAAUACAAAGAUAGCGCCUCAUUCCGAGGAGGGAGCCCCGUUCCAGCAUCGAGUGCAGCGAGACGUGCGUACCACGAGUGUCGAAAGGAGCAACGCAUUGGAACACGGAGGAUCCGCGUCGAGUUGGAUCGGGAUGGCAUGGUAUCCGGGCGGAUGGCCUCUAGAGCCAUUGAAUCUCAGCGUGCGGCUGCGAAAGCGAAUGCAACCAAGGAGAUCAAGCCUGAUCCGAAGAAGAACGAGCCUCCGCCCACUGCACCGAAAGGUCCAUCCGGUAGAUCGGCCAUACGUCCGGGUAUGAUUGUUCCAGAGGGACCCCGCGCGAGCCUUCGAUCUCCAGGGCCCCCAUGUGUGAUUGAAGAACUCCCCGUGUUGCCUCAGCUCAAGCGUGAUCCCUACAUCUUCAUCGCCCAUUGUUAUGUUCCGGUUCUCGGCGCGACCCUCCCACACCUCCGAAAACGACUCAAGAUCUUCAACUACAAAUCUAUUCGAUGCGACAAGAGUGGUUACUACGUUAUCUUCGAGAAUUCCCGACGAGGCGAAGUGGAAACAGAGCGUUGUUUCCGCACAUGCCACAUGGAGCCAUUGUUCACAUACAUCAUGAACAUGGAAAGCCACCCUUACGGAAAUCCGAACUAUGUUCGUAGUCCUAGCCCAGAACGUCUCCGAGCCCAGGAACGGGCGAAGGCUCAGAAAGAGAGAGUCCGCAAGGAGGCCGAGUUGGAUAUCGAAGAAGAGAAGAAGAUCCGCGCAGCAAAUCUGGAUCCCGCCCGAGAAGUUCUAUCCAUUAUCAUUCGGGACCUAAGAGACAAGCUUCUUGAAGAUGUAAAGUCCCGCAUUGUUGGCCCAGCCCUCUACGAUUAUCUGGAUCCAAGCCGACAUGCUGCUAGACGCGAAAAGUUGGGCCUUCCCGACCCGGAGGGUAUGAAACAACCCGCCUUUCGAAUUGGAAUCAACCAUUCAUUGCGAGUCCCGGAAUCGCGCGCAGAGUUGCCAACCAAGGGCAGCGUGUUGGACCUCCCUCGCAUUCGCAAGGCUCAUGGCUUAGACCGAUCUGGAGCUGCGUUCAUGGAUGAACGACGCCGGCAACCAGUUCGAAGAGAAACAGUUCGGCCCCUGUAUCAUCGCUUGCAGCAGUUCCAUGACGAUGAGGAUUCAGAGGAUGACCAGCGCACUCCGCUCGCUCGAGAUACCGAAGAGAGAAGCAGUCGUCCUCUUAGCCGUGCAAGCUCUGUAGCUGAAUCUGACGAGCAGGAUGAUAAUUACCAGUCGGAUGCCGUUGCGUCAUUUGCGGACAGCAGUGCCCAGGCCACAGACGAAGCAGAUAAGGCUGGUGAUGAAUUCUUGCAUGACUUGGGAGAUGACUCUUCCAACCGCAAAAGAAAACGACUUGUUGGAGAGGACGAGGCACGGAAGCGGCAGCGUCAAGAGGAGCUGGAACUCUUUGGAACCGAGUCUCAAGAGGAUGGUCUGAAAAAGGGUACAGAGCCUUUUACACCAAUCGAGACUGAUCCUAGUAUCGAACUGCCGCCUCCAGAGGACAAAUUUGCAAAGGAACCGGUCGCCGACGUUUUAUCAGCGCAAGAAUCUCCUCCCGAAAACGUCUUACCGGAUGAAAAUGUCGAGGAAAUCCAAGAAGACAAGCCGACCUCCGAAAUCAAUUGGGGAUUCUCCACGGAUAUGCCCCGGCCUACUGUGGAGGAUGAUCCGGCCAUUAUUCUGGACUUGGACGGAUGGCAGCAUCUGAUUAAGGAUGAUGAAGACUUGCGAUUCUUGCGGGAGGUGAUGGCCGAUGUGGUACCAUCCAAUAUUGGCAACAUUGAAGCAUGGGCAUGGCGUCAAAAGGAGAUCAAAGCCCUCAACCAGAAAAUCCCCACCAGAGGACCGACGCGAGAGCCUAUUGGAAUCCCCGGCUACUAUGUUCCAAAUCCUAGUGGUUCUGCCCGCACUGAAGGUCGAAAGAGAAUCAUGGAGGCCGAGAAGUCCAAAUAUCUGCCCCAUCGAAUCAAAGUGCAAAAGGCUCGUGAGGAACGUGAAGCAAUGGCCAAGGCUGAUCCUCAGGCUGCUGCUGCUGAAGCAGCCAGGAUUGCAGCUGCAAAAACCAUCUCCAAAUCCUCUUCACGAUCAAACCGAGUCAAUAAUCGUCGACUCAUCGCGGACAUCAAUGCCCAGAAACAGGCUCUCCCUACCUCUAGCGGUGACGGCGAUGUGCUCCGGUUCAAUCAACUUAAGAAGCGAAAGAAGCCAGUCCGUUUUGCUCGAUCAGCUAUUCACAACUGGGGACUGUAUGCCGAGGAGAAUAUUACAGCGAACGACAUGAUUAUCGAAUAUGUCGGCGAGAAAGUUCGUCAACAGGUCGCCGAUAUGAGAGAAAGACGUUACCUCAAGAGCGGCAUUGGCAGUAGUUAUCUCUUCCGUAUCGACGAGAACACUGUCAUCGACGCUACCAAGAAGGGUGGAAUUGCUCGUUUCAUCAACCACAGCUGUACCCCUAAUUGCACCGCCAAAAUCAUCAAAGUCGAUGGAAGCAAGCGAAUUGUCAUCUAUGCCCUCCGCGACAUUGAACGAGAUGAGGAGCUCACCUACGACUACAAGUUCGAACGCGAAUGGGACAGUGAUGACCGAAUUCCUUGUCUUUGUGGCUCAACAGGCUGCAAGGGUUUCCUCAACUAA